UUAAAAUACUUUCACAAUGUCUGGCUGCAAAGAAACAGCAAAAGUAUUAUUAUUAUUAUACUUUUCCCAGUUGGCGAAAGGGUGUAUGCAGAAUUCCCGCUAAAAUGAAUGCAAACCAAGGCACUGUGGGCAGCGAUCCGGUUGUCCUAGCGACAGCUGGGUACGAUCACACCGUUCGCUUCUGGCAGGCACACAGCGGAAUUGAGUGCAUAAUGAGUGAAUACUCGUCGUAGAGUGUAAAGCUAUGUGGCUUGUAGCUUAUUUUCCGGCCACUGCAUGGCACACCAGGGAAGUCUUUGUAUAUAGGGGCGGGACCAAAUCAAACCAAACCCCAAUCGCUCUUGCGAAAGUGUUUAGCGCUAUAUAUAUAUAUAUAUAUAUAUAUAUAUAUAUAUAUAUAUAUAUAUAUAUAUAUAUAUAUAUCACAUUUUCUUUAUCCCGAAACCAAAAAUAACCAUUUCCAAUCCGCGAAAGGGGCGGGGAGAAGUUUCACAGCACUACGAGAGACAGCCGAAAGCAACACGAAAAUAGCUGUUGACCAGUCUCCAACAGGUUACCAGCACAUUCGAAUGUAUGAUCUGAACUCGAAUAACCCCAACCCUGUGAUCAAUUAUGAUGGCCUCAGCAAGAACAUCACUUCAGUUGGGUUUCAUGAGGAUGGCCACUUGAUGUACACGGGUGGGGAGGACUGCAUGGCCAGGAUCUGGGACUUAAGGCAGAACUUAUUGUUGGUGACCAGAGUGGAGUUAUUCAUAUCCGAGAUCUUAAAACUGAUCAUAACGAACAGCUGAUUCCAGAGCCAGAGGUUUCAGUUAACUCAGUUCAUAUUGAUCCUGACGCCAGCUACAUGGCAGCUGUCAACAGCUCAGGAAACUGUUACGUGUGGAAUUUGACUGGAGACAUUGGAGAGGAGGUGACACAGCUGAUUCCCAAGACAAAAAUACCAGCACACAAACGAUACGCCCUCAGAUGUAAAUUUAGCCCAGAUUCUACACUCUUAGCUACUUGUUCUGCUGACCAGACCUGCAAGAUAUGGAGAACCUCCAACUUCUCUGUUAUGACAGAGCUGAGCAUCAAGAGCAGUAACCCGGGCGAGACGUCUCGUGGAUGGAUGUGGGAUUGCGCCUUCUCUGGGGAUUCACAGUACAUUGUCAUGGCCUCAUCAGAUAACCUGGCCAGGCUAUGGUGUGUAGAGACGGGCGAGAUCAAGAGAGAGUACAGCGGUCUCCAGAAAGCUGUUGUGUGCCUGGCCUUUAACGACAGUGUCCUGGGGUGAGGAGACGGCUUCUUCACUGCUAGAUUUCGUCUGAGAAGGCUGACCUGUUUCUUUGUGUGUGUAUGCACACUUCCCCAGCACUGGAAUAUGGACCAUGUUAUUAGCACAGCAUUAUAUUUUGUUUGCUGGGACCCCUGAUGUAUUUCUGCUCGGUAAAUUUAGAAUAGUUUUUAUUUGUAAUUUUACCGGAACAGCAGAGGCAUCAGGCAUUAAAGUGAACGUCAGGCCCUGUUCUACUACUUUAUUGAUGACAGGUGUGAUGCAUUAUAUGUGGGGCUUCAGAUUUUCGGUUUUAACUGAUAAAAACUGAUAAAACACCCCCGAUACAAUAAAUAAAUAAAAUCGAUGUAUCACCAGUAAACACCGGAAUAAAACAGCAGACAAACUAUGGAAUUGGUUACUCAAUUCACAUUGAUCACACAUUUCCCAUUAAAAAUAAAUAAAUAAAAAAAAAACCUGCUACAAAAAAUUAUAUAUAGCCUAAAGGGAAAAUUCUGAACUGGAAAAUAACAUUUUGGUGUGAUCCACUGGUAACCACAGUACUAUAAUAUCUAAGUAUAUAAUAUUUGUACAAUGUAGCUGCUUU